CCUGAUGAAUCCGCCCCCAUUUCACAGAGAUACCGAACAUUUUCCCACCACUGUGGCCAAAUUCGACGAAACGUAUAAUGAUAACAAAAAGACUUAAUUGUGUGAUUGAUGAUGACAUAUAUAUGUUCAACUGCCUGUCGACUGGUAUGUAUAGUGUCAUUUAAUUUGAUCUAAGCGAUCGCGUUAUGCGUCAAUGCCUAAGCGGCCUUAUAGUAAACAAUGUUUGGUUUCUAUGCGUAAAGCAGGUGCUCGAUUUUACUAAUUUCGCCAGAUGCGUGUGUAGAAAAGGCGAGGGAAUGUUCUGUGACAAAUUAUUUGCCGUGCAGGAGCUAAUUUAAAACUUUGUUGAUGGAAGAUGAAUGCCAAAAAGGCAUUGGAAGACAAAUAUUGUUGAUAUUUGAAAUGCCACAGGUAGAGGUUAGUUAGCGUAGGCUUUGACAAAACUGAUGGUGAAAAGGCCGGUCAUGGACCCAGAGACAGGAGGCAAGACAGGCCAAGACGCGGAUGACAUCAACCAGUUCGACUCCGUGUCCAAUGUACGAUCCCAGCCCGAACGAGCAAAGGACACACCUAAAGCAACUGUAAAGCCUGUUCAACGGGAGGGCUCGAACUUACAGAGUGACGGCAGAAAGGAGCAGCUUAAUCCGCCAAACCAAUCCAAAACAAAGAAAGUCAAGAAAACCAUCUUUAUUUCUUACUCUCCUGAUGCGGGCUUCACGGAGCGUAAGUUUGUGGUGGAGACAGUUCGCCAACUCAAGGAAAAUAACUUGGCUGAAGACAUUUGGUUUGAUAAAGAUGAAAAAAAUACAGACAGCCCCUGUUGGUUUUCUAUGCGGAUGGAAGCUGUGGAGAAGUGUCGCGCCGCCAUUCUGAUCAUGUCCGACAGUUACUUCAUGUGCCCUGUGUCCGUGUACGAGGGUAAAACUCUCUUAGAAAGGUUAAAGGUCGAUCCAGCCUCAGUUGCAAUAUUUCCUGUGAUGUUUUCAUCUCUAGAUAAAACUGAAAUGCCAAAAGAGUUCAGUUUACUAGUGAAGGAUGUGGUACAACUGACUUCACCCGAUCACCAUAAGUUAAGCUUAGCUGAGAAAACCUCGGUUGUGAUUGGCGCUAUAAUGGAGGAAGUGGAGAGGUACGCCACGAUCAAUUCACCCCCGGCUCCGUCCACUCCCCCGGAUACAGAAUUCACAGGGGAGUAUAAACGUAAGAAAAUUUGUCAAUGGAGUGCAAAUGACCUUCAAGAAUGGCUAUUUAAGCUUGGAAUAAAAGAGUUUUAUCGUCAGAGUCUGGCCGAAAGCAUGGUGGACGGGUUUCUUUUAAUGUCCCUCACAGAUCAAGACAUGAUUCACCACCUGGGGAUCGACAGUCGCGUGGUCAGAAAAAAGGUCAUGCAGCAGAUAUUGCAGACGUUAGAUCGUGAACAUCGACAGCCGGACAACUGGCACCUCCGGGCAAGGACCCAGCGAUCCAAACCCGACGUUAUCUAUCUCAUAUACGACCCUACAGAUGUUAGGCUGGCCCAGAACAUUAAGGCUGACCUCAAGAAGAAGAACCUGCAGGUGAUUCAUCACGAUAGUGUGAAGCUGGGCAGAUCAAAAGACGAAUUCUUACAAAUAAAUGGACCACAGGUUGCCAUGGCAACACAGGUCAUAGUCCUUCUCACAGAGGCAGCAACCGGGUCACCAUUUGUUUUCCACGAAGUCUUGUUUGCCGAUUGGUUGGGAAAGAAGUUAGUGUCGGCCAUGUUUAAGAACGUUUGGAUGAGUAUGAGGGCCUCCUUGAAAGCUGUUUUAGGCGAGUGUCCGGCCGUGGACUUCGAGACGAAGAUGUACAACGAAAGUCUGGACGUUCUGGAGCACCAUAUUAAACCACUGAGGCGUGUCCCAGGGGUGGUGUUGGAACAGUCGUACCUUAACAAGAUGGCGGAGGGCCUCAAACCGCUCGAGACUCUUGCCUACUCCAGAAAUGGCAUGGUGACCAGGGCCCCAAGCGAAGGAGACCCCCAAGUGUUCAUCAGCUUCCAGUGGGACAUGCAGGGAAAAGUGGAGGAUAUUAAACAGAUGCUGGAGAAUAACAACCUACAGUGUUGGGCGGACGUGUCCAUGACGCUACCUCCCCGGGGCCACAGCAGCAAGUCUAACCGUAGCAGCGUGGGACACCACGACGGUGGGUCGGAAACUUUACAGAGCCAGAUACAGAGAAAUAUGAAGGCGGCGUCUGUCGUUCUCAGCUGUAUUACCCCUAAAUACCUCCAGAGCGACAACUGUAAAAAGGACCUGACGCUGGCUGAGACCUUUAAUAAACCUGUCAUCCCCGUGCUUCUCAGGUUCACGCCGCAGGAAAAUGCACCUGAACAGGUGCGAAAAAUUCUGGCCAAGUUCCCCUAUAUCGACAUAAGUAACGAGAGGUUAUAUAAACAGAACAUUCCGCUGGUCUUGGAGAAAAUAAAGAAGGCUGUCAAUCAAAGAGGUUACCGUGACUACUGAUGAUCACCAUGGUAACAGAGCCCAUACAGCAUUUUUACCGCCAGUAUUUACAAAUACCCUCAUGUGCUUCCAUUGUGUUGUGCUCUAUCUCUAACGGGGGACAAACACUCGUAAACAGGUAUUGUUUGUGAUGCGUCAAUACAUAUGCCCCCUGCCAAACGUUAAAGGCAUAGUACAGUAUGUUGACCGUCACCUUUCUGGGAGAGUGGCCGGAAGGUGUUCAUUCGUGACUGUGUAAUGUUGAUUGUUUCCAUGGUUCAUCUCUCAAAUUUCUGUCUUGUUUGAAAUAAAUAAUCUUUAAUGUUGUAAA